AUGGAGGAGAAGGGGCGUCUACAUAUCAUGAUGAACAAUGCGGGUAUAUUGCAUGCUCAUGGUAAUUCCAUUGCACAGGUCUCUAUUGAGACUUGGGAAAGAGUGAUAGUUGUGAAUGUUACAGGAGCUAUGUUAGGAAUGAAGCAUGCUACAAGGGUCAUGAUUCCAUACAACUCUGGUUCCAUACUCUUCAAUUGCAGUGUUUUGGGACUGAUGAAGACUGAUAAUGCCUCUCAUGGUUACAUGGCUUCCAAGAAUGCUUUUUUGGGGUUUGAUGAAGAGUGGUGCAGUGGAGUUGGCAAAGGAAGGAAUAUGUGUGAAUGA